UGCUCCUCUGACUUACUCCGUCCUCAACCGAACUCCAGAACCAUGACCUGCUGUGGCUGUUCAGGAGGCUGUGGCUCCAGCUGUGGGGGCUGUGGCUCCAGCUGUGGGGGCUGUGGCUCCAGCUGCUGCAAGCCUGUGUGCUGCUGCAAGCCUGUGUGCUGCUGUGUGCCAGCCUGUUCCUGCUCCAGCUGUGGGGGCUGCAAAGGAGGCUGUGGCUGCUGUGGAGGCUGUAAAGGAGGCUGUGGCUCCUGUGGGGGCUGUAAGGGAGGCUGUGGCUCCUGUGGAGGCUGUGGCUCCUGUGGGGGCUGUAAGGGAGGCUGUGGCUCCUGNGGAGGCUGUGGCUCCUGUGGGGGCUGUAAGGGAGGCUGUGGCUCCUGUGGAGGCUGUGGCUCCUGUGGGGGCUGUAAGGGAGGCUGUGGCUCCUGUGGAGGUUGUGGCUCCUGUGGGGGCUGCAAGGGAGGCUGUGGCUCCUGUGGGGGUUGUGGCUCCUGUGGGAGCUGCAAGGGUGGCUGUUGCCACUGUGGGGGCUGCAAAGGAGGCUGUGGCUCCUGUGGGGGCUGUAGCUCCUGUGGGGGCUGCAAGGGAGGCUGUGGCUCCUGUGGAGGCUGCAAAGGAGGCUGUGGUUCCUGUGGGGGCUGUGGCUCCUGUGGGGGCUGUAAGGGAGGAUGUGGCUCCUGUGGGGGCUGUAGCUCCUGUGGGGGCUGCAAGGGAGGCUGUGGCUCCUGUGGAGGCUGCAAAGGAGGCUGUAGUUCCUGUGGGGGCUGCAAGGGAGGCUGUUGUCAGUCUAGUUGCUGCAAACCCUGCUGCUCUUCAGGUUUCCAGCUGUUGUAA